CGAAAAAUUUUACUUGAUUGAACCAGGUUGCUAUGAUUCUUGGGGAAGAACUCUAGAUGUUUUAGUAACAUUCCGGAUCGAAGAUGAAAGUUGGACACGUCGAUAUUCUCCAUUUCCAGAUGGAACUAACGCGUAUUAUAAAGUUUGCGGAUUUAGCGAUGUUUUAUACAAACAAGGCAGCCCGAAAGGAACGAAAAAGUCGUUAGAAGUUGUUGAGUGA